AUGUUCAUUCCCAGAUCGACCCAUAUUCGUACCCAAACGCAUACUCGCUGUGUGACGUCCCUGCAGAACCCGGUCAAACGAAGUUCCAGUCCGUUCGAUGAUGGUUUACCUUUACCUGCAUUGAUAGCUAUACCGGUUUUCGGCGUAGUGAUUUUCUUGAUGAUCUCAUUCUUUGUAUAUCGGUGUGUGAGAUAUGGAAGGAUCAAGCAUGCUUUUAAUAAGCAAAAUACCAUUCCCAAGAUAGAUUUGAAUCAACAACCUUCAAGAGGGUUCGAUAUUGAUGAACAUACCAUUACACCUUUCCCACCUCAGCCUUCGAACCCUUCUAACAAUUACUUGACACUUGGUCCGGGUAAUCAGGCUCACCGAUCACCGUUAUCCUCGUUGACACUUCAACCUAUGAUCGAAUCUCACCUACCGAUGCGCCAACAUCAACAUAAUCAUUCCAGAACACCAUCGCAAGAAGCUCUAUUACGCCAUAAUGCGGAGAAUGAUGGAGGAGAUGUUCCGCCUCCUGCUUAUGCUCAACUUUCAUUACAUGGUCAGGUACAACAGAGAUAG